AUGAAUCACCUGACUGCGCUCUUCAAGGUGAUGUGGCGUCAAGGAGAAGUCCCGCAGGGUUUCAAAGACGCAACCAUCGUGCAUCUCUACAAGCGGAAAGGGAAUCGCCAAGUCUGCGACAAUCACCGCGGCAUCUCCCUGCUGAACAUCGCCGGGAAGAUCUUCGCCCGCAUCCUUCUCAACCGUCUCAAUAAUCAUUUGGAACAGGGCCUUCUGCCGGAAAGCCUGUGCGGCUUCCGUCGUCAUCGUGGGACCACGGAUAUGAUCUUCGCAGCCCGCCAACUUCAGGAGAAGUGCCAGGAGAUGCGGACCCACCUGUACUCUACCUUCGUGGACCUGACGAAAGCCUUCGACACGGUGAAUCGUGGAGGACUGUAG